AUGCUAUUUUUUAUAUAUUUUUUUUAUUGGACGAGUGUCUGUUUCGCAUUAGACCAAACCACUUGUAGCAAUUCGAGUAAUUCGAGUCAAGACUACGAAGUACUUUACAGCUAUUUGACAGGAACAGGGGCCCACAAUUUCAGCGAGUCCGUUACUAUCGGCUUCUUGGGGGCCUACGGGCAAGCUCAAGUCGUUUUGGGAGCUUUACCGCUGGCAGUUGAAGCUGUCAAUGAGGAUGCAGAUUUGCUACCCGGACGUCGGCUAAACUACGUAGCCGCAGAUAUUGGAACGAAUCCUCCAGCGUCAGGCCUAAGUCGAAGUAAAUCGUCUUUGGCAGCUCAAGCUAUUCGUGUGAUGACCGAAAUGAGAGACAACGGAACUAUCGCUUUCAUUGGACCAGAUGACACAUGUUCAAGCGAAGCUCUUGUAGCCGCUGCAUGGAACUUGCCUAUGAUUUCUUAUAAAUGCAGCGAUACUCGUGUCUCUGACAAAAAGGUGUUCUUUACUUUCGCUAGAACUCUGCCACCAUCUAGCAAAGUAUCUAAAAGCGUCGUGGCUUUAUUAAGAGCUUUCCAGUGGCAUCGCUUCGUGGUUGUCUCUGGCACGCAUCCAGCUUCUGCCACCGAAGUCCAGGAGGCAAUCGAGGAGCUCUCCAUCAUUCACGGACUAACUGUUACUGAUAUAAAGCAGUAUUCAGACUACAUACCUCAUUACAUUGAGCAGAUGGAUAACAUUGUUGCGGAUACAUAUAUGAAAACACGAGUCUAUGUUUUCGUCGGUGAGCAUAUUGCCUUAAUAGACUUCAUCAAGUGUUUACAACGGCGUAAACUUCUGGACACGGGGGAUUACGUGGUGAUUUCCGUUGACGACGAAAUAUACGACCCCAACCGAAGAAUCAAAAUCAUGCGAAGAGAUUAUCUCGAUCCCUUUCUGAAUGAAACGUGGGGUAACGUCAGUGACGUAAUGGGUUUUAGAUCAGUACUCAAACUCACGCCGUCUCAUCCAAGAAACCCAAAGUAUAAGUAUGUAUGUGAAAAGAUUAAAGCUUCUUCAGCCAAACCACCUUUUUGUGUUCCAUACCACCAUAAGAUUUUUGAUAGUAUAUCGGUCCCUAUCCAAGCAGCUUAUUUAUACGACGCCGUUAUGAUUUUUGCUCGAGCUUUGACUGAAGUCUUUCAAAACAACGAAGAUCCACGGAAUGGAACAGCAGUUCUCCGUCGAAUAGUCAAUAGAUCUUAUCAUUCUAUACAAGGAUAUGAUGUUUUCAUCGAUGGGAAUGGUGAUGCAGAAGGAAACUUUACAGUAGUCGCCUUGCUUGACGACCAAGAAAUGAAUGGAACGCUGCGGAUGAGCAUGCAACCAGUGGGUUAUUUUCAGUAUAAGUCCAAUGGAAGUAACGUACCAUCAGCACUCCCCGUAAGGGAAUUCCGAUACCUAGACGUCGAUCGCCCGAUCCAAUGGGUAGGUGGAAAGCUGCCCAGGGCAGAACCUUUAUGUGGUUUCAACGGUGAGAAAUGUAUCUAUAAAAUCGACUGGCGGUUCCUCGCAAGUGUGUCUUUAAUGUCCCUCAUUAUUCUUAUCGGAAUACUUUUUUGUGUAAAGCACUAUCGUUAUGAACAUAAACUUGCUUGUCUCUUGUGGAAAAUUGACAUGAGAGACGUAACAAUAAUUCCUACAGAAACAACAGAAUUGUCCAACAAAAGCAUGAUUCAAGUUUGCCGCCACAGUGUUUUCCAAGCUCCAAGCAGCAGUAUUGCCGAAUUGGCGGAAUCCUCACCAAAAAGAGCUUACACUGAUAUUGGUUUAUAUAAGGGCAACAUAGUUGCAAUAAAAUAUUUGAAAAAAAGAUCUGUCGACCUUACCAGAUCUAUAAGAAAAGAACUGAAACAAAUUCGAGAAGUUAGACAUGAAAAUCUUAUACCAUUUAUUGGUGCAAGCGUAGAUCAUGGGAAUGUGGCAAUUUUGACGGCUUAUAGUGCAAGAGGUAGUCUUGAAGAUGUUUUGGCAAAUGAGGAUCUUCAUUUGGACAACAUGUUUGUUUCUUCUUUGGUUACAGACAUUCUUAAGGGCAUGAUUUAUCUGCAUGAUAGCGACAUAAUAUCGCAUGGUAAUUUAAGAUCGAGCAACUGUUUAAUUGACAGCAGAUGGGUUUUGCAAAUUACCGACUUUGGUUUACAUGAAUUUAAAGCAUGUCCUGAAGGUGCAGAAACACAAAGUAAAAAUUUGAAAAGGUCUCUAUGGCGGGCACCAGAAUUGUUAAGAGAUCCUUCACCACCUCCUAGAGGUACACAAAAAGGCGACGUUUAUUCUUUUGGAAUCGUUUUGUACGAAAUUAUUGGACGGAGAGGACCUUGGGGUGAUACAAAUGUGGAACCAUCAGAAAUUGUACGACAAGUUAUUGAAGUUAAAGAAACACCAUUCCGACCUCCUCUUGAAAAUUUAGGAGCUGCAGAUUAUAUUAUCAAAUGUAUGAAAGCUUGCUGGCACGAAGAACCUGACCAAAGACCUGAUAUUAGAUUUGUUAGAGUUAGACUUAAAGAGAUGCAAGCUGGUCUUAAACCAAACAUUUUUGAUAACAUGUUAGCUAUUAUGGAAAAAUAUGCUUACAAUUUAGAGGGAUUAGUACAGGAAAGAACUAACCAGUUAACUGAAGAAAAGAAGAAAACCGAAGCUUUACUUCAUAGAAUGCUACCUAAGUCUGUUGCAGAAGCUCUGAAAAGGGGUGAUCGUGUUGAAGCGGAAAGUUUCGAUUGUGUUACAAUUUACUUCAGUGACAUUGUUGGUUUUACCGAACUGUCUGCAGUUAGCACACCUCUACAAGUAAUAGAUUUGCUCAAUGACCUUUACACGUGUUUCGACUCGAUUAUUUCUCAUUACGAUGUCUAUAAAGUGGAAACAAUCGGGGAUGCCUACAUGGUGGUCAGCGGUUUGCCCAUAAGAAAUGGGGAUCGCCAUGCGGGAGAAAUAGCGUCAAUGGCCCUACAUUUGCUCAGCAAUAUACGAAAAUUCGAAAUUAAGCACAGACGAGGCGAAGUUCUCCAACUAAGAAUUGGUAUUCACUCAGGACACUGUGUUGCUGGAGUCGUUGGAUUAAAAAUGCCCAGAUAUUGUCUAUUCGGAGACACUGUAAACACAGCUUCACGUAUGGAGAGUUCUGGCGAAGCUUUCAAAAUUCAUAUAUCGCAUGCUACUUAUAACCUCUUGCAAAAUCUGGGUGGGUAUAGAUGCGAAGAAAGAGGCGUUAUACCAAUUAAGGGAAAAGGCGAAAUGCGCACUUAUUGGUUAGUUGGUGAAGAUCCUGCUCAGAGAUUGGCCAGAAUUCGAGAAGAAAUUGUCGGCUCGUCGCUUUUCAACAGCUCAGACAGAUUGAGUGAAACUCCUGAUUUACUAAGACGUCCUGGUGCCAAUUUCCUAAUUGAUGGAGAGCAAUUUCCUCCACCGUCUUGUCCUUUAUUGCAGUUGCAUCAAAGAGCAAGAAUGGCGUAUUCCAUGCACUAUAGUCAGGAGAAUUUAACAGCCGGUAAUUUGGAAAGGCAUCUGUUUCAAUCACAGUGUUGCAGCAGUCGAAAUCCGAGGUCAGCGCCGGCUAUUACAUUUACAGAUUUCAAUUAUCGUUAUAUGUGAUCGGUCCAUAC